AUUAAAGAGUUGAGGAGUAAUAUCACCCCCAAUCUCCAUUUUCGUUCCCAAACGCCAUCGUCGAAAAACCAGAAACUAUAAUCAGAAUCUAUACAAAAUGCAGUCCGCCGAGCAAUUGGUUCUCGAUCUCAGCAGUCCUGAUCUUCGCGAAAACGCACUUCUUGAACUCUCUAAGAAAAGAGAACUGUUUCAAGAUUUGGCUCCACUACUGUGGAACUCUUUUGGUACCAUUGCAGCUCUAUUACAGGAAAUCGUUUCAAUAUACCCCUUUCUGUCACCACCCAAUCUGACGCCAGCUCAAUCGAACAGAGUUUGCAAUGCGCUUGCUCUUCUUCAGUGUGUAGCUUCACAUCCAGACACACGGAUGCUGUUCUUGAAUGCCCAUAUUCCUUUAUAUCUAUACCCUUUCCUCAACACAACAAGCAAAUCAAGGCCAUUUGAAUAUCUGAGGCUUACUAGUUUAGGUGUCAUCGGUGCCCUAGUGAAGGUUGAUGACACAGAAGUUAUCAGUUUUCUGCUUUCGACAGAAAUAAUCCCUCUGUGCCUACGCACUAUGGAAAUGGGCAGUGAAUUGUCAAAAACAGUUGCCACAUUCAUAGUUCAAAAGAUCUUGUUGGACGAUGUUGGAUUGGACUACAUUUGCACAACCGCUGAACGUUUUUUCGCAGUGGGUAGGGUUUUGGGGAAUAUGGUUGCAGCGCUUGCUGAGCAGCCAUCUUCACGACUUUUGAAACACAUUAUCCGAUGUUAUCUCCGUUUGUCUGAUAAUCCUAGGGCGUGUGACGCUUUGAGGAGUUGUCUUCCAGAUAUGCUACGAGAUGCUACUUUUAGCAGUUGCCUUCGUGAGGACCCCACAACAAGAAGGUGGCUUCAACAGCUAGUUCAUAAUGUUCAAGGACCCCGGGUUGCUCUUCAGGGAGGUGGAGGGUUUGACCACAUGCUGGUCAACUGAAUAAUGAGUCGCUACAAAUAGUUUAUGGUUUAACUAAAAGAAGUUGGGUAAUCUAUAACUGCUUUUAUUUUGUGUUAUUACUGUUAAAGAGUCGGUCUUACUUUCAAAACGUGUUGGUUGUGUGUGUUAACUUGUUUAUAUUCUGGCUAGCGUAUUUCGGGUCUGUUAACCUAGUUAAGGAUGGGUUCUGCAGUCAGUGUCAUGUGUAUAUGAAACUAAAUCGCUUGAAUGUCGAUGUUUUUAUUAUUCAAGUUUAGGGAUUCGUCGUGUU